UUAGCAAAUGCACAGUCGGAGGGGAAGAUGGCGACGCCUAUGGCUGUAGGAGGGCGCUCUCCCCCGGCGGCACCAGAACAGCCUUUGGAUGAAGAUGAGAGUAUGAUCAGGGAACUCGCACGGUUAUGUUAUGAUGAAGGGAUUCUGUCAGGGUCAGUGGAUCCGGGGGAAAUGACAGUGGAUGGAAGGGAAGUGACCUUUAGGGUGAACGAACGGAUAGAUAAGACAAAGGUUAGCUGGCUCAAAGAGCACACAGUCACGGUGAUAUUUAGGGAGGCAGCGCGCUUCUUUCCGAAGAAACUCAAAGACGAUGUGGUGAGAGCAUACGAAGAUGAACGAACGCAGGACGGGAGUUUUGAAGAAGGCUCGUUCAGACGGGGGAGGGUGAAGGUUGAGAGUCCGAAUGUGGUUUCCUAUAUAGCGAAGAGUGCGGCAAUAGCUACAUGGUUGAAGAACAAGGGCCAGGACGCGAUCACACUGGGAAGUACGAGAUACGUACUAGAGUUCAAGCCGUGGCUAACAAGGGUUCAGUUGAGAGAGCAGAGGAGAAGGGACGAGGAAUCCACGUUCUGGGUCAUAGCAGUACAAGUGCCCCUGGAUACGAUGUUCUAUCUGGAAGCUCAGAUCCAGAAGGCGAUUGGCCCUGUAAUUUUGGCACACCCGCCGGAGCCUGACCGUCUCAAACCGUCACUAAUUAAUCUCAAAUUUGAUUUGGAACUAGCCGCGCGGGGGAAUAUGAAGGAUAAGAUUUCUGUGAUAACUUUCAAAGGGGACACAUUAGUAGUUAACUUGGCUUCCUCGGAUACGCCAAUGUGCAGGAAGUGUAAGGCGUUUUUCCACUCUGAAGAUCAGUGUCGUCGGAAUCAGCAACAAGAUCGUUCACAUGGCCCUCAACAAUCCUCACCGGUUAUUCGUGGAGGAUAUCAAGGCCCGUUGCGCCCACGUCCGACUCAUUCAGAAGACGAGCGGCGAAGGCCGGCGAGCCCCUCACUGAGUGGAAUGGACCAGAAUCAUUUCAAUCCGGUUUUCUCACCGAGACUAUUCCCGGGACAAGGAGGACAAGCACAGGAGCGGAUGAUCCCAGGAGGGGAAAACGUCAACGGUCCCUCGACUUUUAUGCCAUGGAUAUCUCAAGGCAUGCCGGGUCUCACUGUGCCAAUGGGCGGCUAUGGACUCCCACCAGGACUGUUUGGAAACGCGCAAAGGGGCGAUCUCUUUGGUGGAUAUAGUGGUCCAAAUGGAGGAGGGCAUUUCAUACCGACGACAAGAAUGGGGGGAUACCAAUACGAAGACCAAUCUAUCUUCGAAAGGUGGCAACAAGAAGGUGGCAUCAGACGAGGGCAGGACGAAAGGCAGGAAAGAGGAGAAGAGAACAGGGGAAGGGUUUUCGGAAACGGUAACUCCCACGCUGCAGGCAGGCAGGGAGCAGAGGGAGGAAGACAAGAGGAAGAAGGAGGACAGCUUGAUGACAGGAGACAGGGAAACCGAACACCAGGCAAGCAGAGAAGACUUAGCAGAGAAGGAAGCUUCGCUUCGAAUUUGAGAACGGAGCUCUCUGGCUCCUCGUCACACUCCGCGUCCUCUCAACCAUAGGAGAUAGCUACACCAGGGUCAAAGACAACCCGUAGAAGAGGGCCGGUGACAGUGAACAGUGGACAACAGGACAACAUCGAGUCACGAAUAUU